CCAACACAAUUGAGCGCACCAUCCACCCUAACCCUAUUCGCCCCCCACCGCAUUCGCGCCCCUCCUCCCACGCAGAGCUCGACCUCAAUCGAGCCUUCCCCCUCUCCUUCACCUCUCCUCUCUCAUCCCUCUCAUCUCUUCUCCCUCUCCUUUACCUCUCUGAUCUCCCUUCCUAAAUCGCCGUCAACUCCGCGUGCACCGACGCCCGAUCUCUCCUCCCUCUCCUUCUCUUCGGCGCCCUCCGAUCCCUCCUUUCCCCCGCGUCGCCGCUUCUUGAAGGCACGUCGCGUGCCAGGUCGUCGUCACCAGCGACGUCUCGUCGUUGGAGGAGGCGGCGGCGGAGGAGGAGGCGGCGGCGGUGGCGGCGAAGAUCGGGCGGAGGAUCCGCGUGAAGGCGCCGCUCAGAGAGAGAGAGGGAGCUCUCCAAGGUGUAGCCAUGGCAGAGGAGGCCGCGCCCUUGGUCGUCGACGUGGAGAACGAGGCGGGAUCCUUGUCUAGGGCGACAAUUCGACGGAACCACGCCCGGGAUGUGCACAUACUCAGCUCCGCUUUCCUCUUCGUCUUCUCCGCCUAUGGCGCCGCCCAGAAUCUGGAGACCACCGUGAACACCGCGGAGGAUCUCGGAACGAUUUCUCUGGGUAUUCUGUACCUCUCGUUUACUCUGUUCUCGGUUGUGGCCUCUGCUGUGGUUAGGGUUUUGGGGUCGAAGAGAGCGCUCGUGCUUGGCACAAGUGGCUACUUGUUGUUCAUCGCGUCCAAUUUGAAACCUGCAUCUUGGUGAGUAUUUUGAUUAAUAUCCUAAUUUCUUUUCGCAUAUACCUUGUGAC